AUUCAGGAUGAAUUGAGAUUUAACCCGGCAAGAAAACAAAUGUCACUCGAAUGAAUCAUUUCUGUUAUGAAAAUUUAUUUCGCAUAUUUAAUUUUUAAUUUCCCAAUUAAAUUUUAGUUCACAGUGGUAAUUAAUAUUUCAAAAUUGAAAUCUCAUACAGAUGUGGUAUACUUUUUCACUUCACAAGUACGAAAAUAUCGUACUUACUGGUUUUUCUACAGAUUUUCACAAAAUUGUCUUCAAAUUCAAAAUUCGAUUGUAAUUCGUAAUACAUCUGUUUAGAAAUUAUUCAAUCAUCUGUGAUUGAAUCACAGGUAAAGGUUAAGCCCCAUAAAUGACAACUUUUCCAAAAAAUGGCUCCCCCUUCGUCUCCUUGGAACGGGAUCCCGUCGUGGAAAAAUACCUCUCAGAUCUCGAACCUUCCCCUGCGAAAUGUAUCGUCUGCGGAAACGUCGACAUCGCACCGGAAAGCGAGUCGUCUCCCGACUACGAGGAGGUCGCAGUCACAUUUAAGGACUUACUGAUGACGGCCCCCUUUCGAGAGAAAGUUUCCCCUCAGUCGUACACCUAUUUCAUCAAGAAUAUCCAGACUUGUGUGACCUGUUUAACCAUCGUGGAGGAGGCGGGGGCCAUGCAUUAUGAAAUAGUCUGGCUUCAAAAAUCUCUAGAUGAUCUGAUAACAAAGGCGAGGGAAAGUAUGAUAACGGCAGAUAAGAGUGUGACUUCGAAAAGCAAAUCUACAAAUACUCAGGUGCCGAAUAUCGCAGAAACUUCCGUACCAAAUUUGGUGAAAACGAGGAGCGAAAUUGUUAAGACUGACAUCAACGAAGAGAAAAAAGGCGUUAUUACAGUAAUCAACCAUUAUUCUGAAUCCAAUUUGAACUCCGACAUUACGUCGACAACAGCACUGGCGAAAAGUGAAAAGCUAAUUAAAGAGGAACUCCCACAAGACGAUAACUGUGAGAUCCAACUGCCUCCGAUUAUUUUCACGGGAAAUUCUUCAAAAAAUCUCGCGAAAAAGAGAACCGAUUUAAAGAGUGAGGCGAUGAUUGACAUCAAAGACGAAGAAUUCAAUUACUCCGCCGGAGAUUAUUUCGAUUCCGAUUGCACUUCAGAAUUCAGGGAAACGGAUGGUGAUACAGAAAUUACGGAGGACAUGGUAACCGAGGAUGACGCCAAUGUCGAGCCCCAGAUUCAAACCAGUUUAACUCCUCCCACAACUAAAGCAAAUUCAAAAUCCGUUACCAAACCCAAAAGAAAAUACACCAAAAAGUCAAGCAAGAAGUUAAAUUCCAAAGCACGUCUCAGUUUAAGGAAACCAUUAGAAUUUAGAUGCUCUAAUUGCAAAAAUCUGUUUACUCGAAAGUUCAACUUGGUCAAACACGAAAUAGAAAUUUGCAAAAUAGCGUACAGCAAGAACGAAUUGCAGAAAAUGGAUAUUACACUGCACCCCUGCAUUUCACCCGAAUGUACUCGAGUCUUCUUACUUAAAGUGGAGUUAGAUAGGCAUGUCUUACGACAUCGUCGUACCAAUGAGGGCGUGGUGUCAACCCUGCUGGGGAAUUUAGCCGCUAAAAUACUCGCACAAAAAACGAUGGAAAAUAAGGAUGACGACAUAGAAAUUUUAUGCCAUGUUAAAGGAAAUGCGGCUCCCAACGCUGGCAUGAAUAUAAAUUAAGUAGCUACUAUACUUUAUUGUAUUUAC